UAUAUGUUUGCUAUUUUUGCAGGCAAUGGACCCUUAAAGCAGCGUCCAUUAUCACCGUUGACACUUGGAUUCCAAGACACUACGUACUGUAGGAUUCUUGGAGUUCAUGAACAGUUGUCGACAUCCUCAGCUUCAACUGCUUGCGAAAUAGAAUACAGAGCCUCUGCGAACUCCCAUUGAACGCCCUCGAAAACGCGCAGACUGCUGGUUACGAUAACGGAUGGGCUUCUGAGGCCCUACAUUUAACUGCGAUUGGCAUCGCGGGACACCAUGCCGUUAUCCACCAAGACCAGCGGCUUCUUCGCCCUGAAUCGCACAAAGGUCAUCCUCUUCGCAGGUCUAGUAGCAAUAUGGACAAUCGCCGGCCUCUUCCCGCGUUAUCAAGAGACGCUGCAAGAGCAGCUCACACGCACACGCCAGAAGCUCCCAUCGAUAAAGGUGGAAUUCCACCCCGAAAGCGACCCGCUCACGGCGUACGACCCUACAAAGCUUGCGCUGCUGAUCGAGGGGCGCGCGAAGCCGCAUCUCGUACCACAGAUCCUGCAUAUGAUAUCCGUCGUCCCGCCAGAAUGGCGCUUCCUCUUUAUCGGCACCAACAAGAGCGUCGCUGCCGUCGGCCGCAGCUUCGCCAUUAAGCAUCAGCAGGCGGCCGGCAAGCUCGACCUCAUGGUCGUGCCAAAGCCGUGGGAGAUCAAGAAUAAGGAGCAUGUGUGGCGCAUGCUCACGGACUCUCACUUCUACACAGAUCUGAUACCGGGGGUGGAAUGGAUUAUGAAAUACGAGAGCGAUAGCAUUAUGUGCUCCAACUCCAAAGACAGCCUGAACGACUGGCUCCGCUAUGACUGGGCCGCCGCACCAAGAAGCAACACCGACACCUUCGCCGGCAACGGCGGGCUCUCCAUCCGCCGCGUCGCAGCCAUCAAGCGCGUCCUCGAGUUCCAAACCCGCGACGGGGACUCCGAACCCGAGGACGAGUGGUUCGGCAAGCGCAUCUCCGCCAUGCCCGACUUCAAAGUCGCCAGCGGCCUCGACGCCAAGCACUUCAGUGUCGAGGACGUCUACAACGAGGCGCCUAUGGGAUACCAUCUGCGCGACGGCGCUGGAAAACUGCCCCCGGGCGUGUGGAAGAACAGCGAUCAGCGCGCGAGGAUCCUCAAGUACUGUCCUGAGAUCGCGAUUAUCCUGCCCAUGAAGCUGGAGCGGGAGCGGUGCGAGGGGGAUAAUCGUGAGGGCGCGAUUGAUCAGGCGGCUUCGCUGGCGUUUGAGAAGGCGGAGGCGGAGAAGUCGAGGAUUAAGAUUGAGGAGAAGAAGAAGCUAGCCCAAGCAGAGGCGGAGAGGGUGUUGGAGGAGGAGAGGAAGAAGAAGGAGGCUGGGAUACCGACGGAGGAGGAGGAGGCGAAGAAGAAGGAGGAGGAGAGGAAGAAGCAGGAGAUGGAGCUGACGUCGAAGAUUAAUAAGGAGCAGGCGGAGGAGGAGGCGAAGAAGAAGGCGGAGGAGGAUAAGAAGACGCCGUCGGCGUGAGCGUGGGGUGGGUGAAAUAUUUUAUAUAUACGGCGUUCGGGGUUGGCAUUAAUUUGCCUGCAGGGUUUGCUUUGUAUACCUAAUGUAGGAAUGACGGGCUGCUAUGUAUGCCGAGCUGGAAGAUAUGCUCGGCUGUAUUGAUGGAUUUGAAAAUAGCGAGGAGUACUUAGAGUCAAAUAUACCUAUCUGUUACCUCUUUACUUCUCAGAAAAGGGGCUGAUGUGAUAACUGUGGCCCUUACUUCGACGCUCCCACGGGAUUCGCUUAUGGCCCUACCAUGCCGCAUGUGAGAGUUUUGUGUGCAUGAUUGUCCUUAUGAUAG